UAGAAAGCUAAAAGAGAAUCCAGACACACUUUGGAUGCUUUUAGUUUUGCAUAAUGUCUGCUAGCAGAAUGAGCAAAGAAGAGAACCAUGUGAGUGGUGAAGAAAUCAUAGGUGAUGAAGGCACAUCAGAUCAUCCUGGUGAUACUGAAGCUGAAUCCUUGAAACACAAGCAAAAAAUCAAAAUACCAAACAAAAUGAAGAUUUUUCAAUUUAUGAAAUCCCAGAAGAAUUCAAAAUCUGCAGCGGCCCUCACCCCUGAAACUACGUUAGUGGAUUUCAACAUGUACCUUGAACAGAACUGUCUGGCUGAAGCACAGCAGCAAAUUGUGGCAGCUGAGGAACAUCUCUUUGGUUCAAGUGAAGUAGCCAGGGCAGAGGAUGAGGAAAAACUGCAGACAGACUAUGAAACCUUUAUUAUACGAGUGAGGAUGGCCAUCUAUGACUCCUUCAAUGAGGACAACCAGGAGACACUCAAGAGUGCUUUGACAUCCAUACUUCAGGAAGAGGCACAGGACAGACGCUGGGCGGGAGUGGCUGUGGAGCAACGUCCAAAAUGGAGGCCCACAAAGUGCCGAGAGAUCCAUGACACACUAAUCCAGACUGUUGUUGAGGAACGAAUGAAGAAUGCAGAUGAACAAGAGAAUGGGGCAGACAAGCUGUCAACCUCCUUGAAGAGAGAGGUGUGCCGGAUAGGCAAGCAAGUACAAAAAGACCUUCUCAGAGUCGUCAGAGUGCUGAGAGGAUGUUACCCACCAGACUUUGACAUUUUCAGAAUGUAUGCUCAGCUCUACCAUCAAGCCUUCUCCACCCGACUUCAAGAGCUAGCCAAGUCCAGCAUUGAUUUUGAGGAUUGCUUUUAUAUAUUGAGUUGGAUUGUUGAUUACUACCCAAGGGAUGUGUUGAAGCACAAAGAAUUGGAGGAGCAAUUCAAUAAUUCAUCACUUGGACCUCUGUUACCUGAAGAACAUCUCAAGACAUUAGAGGAACAGUACUUUUCAUACAAAGAGAAUGAGGUCGCAAAGUGGUUGUCCAAUGCUCUUGAGAAAGAAGUGAAAAAAUGGAGUGAUGGCACAGAACCAGAUCUCUUUGAUGGAUGCUACUUCAGCAGCCUUGCUGUAGAUGUGAUACCACUUGUUUAUGGAACUGUGAGAGAGGUCAAGACAAUUCUUAGCUCUGAAUGUAAAGCCCAGAUUAUUCAAUGCCAGCUGGACAGCUUUCUAAAAAGGUAUAUGAAAAGUCUAGAGGACCUACUCAAAACAAAACAAAAAAACAUUCCUAAUACUCUCAGUGCUAAUCUGGUUAACAUUCAACAGUUUAGGGAUUACAUACAAAGAGCUGAAAAUCCUUUACCAGAGGAGACAAGAACAGCUUGCCUGUCCACAUUAUCAGACCUCAUAGCAAUUUGUCACAAAUAUUUACUCUGCCGAAUUCACACAGAACUGAAGCCUAUUUACCGUAAGCUGUGGACUCAAGUCUGGUUUGCUGGUCACCAUGAUGUUGUGGAGGAGCUGGUGAAGGCGCUUGAGAAUAACACAGAUCAUUUAAGAAAAAAAAUUAAGCCAGACUGCCGGGAGGAACUGCUGGUUGAGCUGCAUAUUGAAGUAAUGGUUGAGUAUGUGAGGCGAAUGAUGAAGCGAAAACUGAAACUGAAAGGCAAAGAGCAGCAAGAGGCAGCUGCCAAGUUCAUCUGCCAAGACAGCAGUAAAAUCUGCUCUGUGUUUGCCAAAUGGGGAUCCAAAGAGGAAUGGCUCUCUCAAAUACUCCCUAAAUUAGCUGAGAUUGUGAGACUGCAGGACCCUGAGAGCCUGCAGAUUGAGAUAGUUACCUUGGCAAAAGUCUAUCCUGACCUAAGUAAACAGCAUGUUCUUGCUGUCCUGAACCUGAAGAGAAACCUUUCAAGCUCAGAUUUGUGCAGGAUCAAAGGGUGCUGGUGUGAGUAUGAGAGUAUGCAGGGCACUGAGUCUUCCCGUUCCUUCUUUUCUAAAGUACUUGUCAAAAGGAAAAUCUUAGGAGUGCUCUGUUGAUCUAUAGCUAAUGUAAGGCACCUGAGGGGGGCUAGCUACUUUAUAUAAAUCCCAUGCACACAGUUGUUUCAUUUUUAAAUCUGAUCAUACAAUUCAGUCAUAAGUGCUGUUUCAAGUUUAACGUAGUUUGAAACUUUGAAAGAUGCACCACGCGAGCUCUGCAUUCUGUUGUGCUCGGUCCAUCUUGACGCAUAAUUUCUAUAACCAGGGUUGGGAGGGUUACUUUUGAAAUGUAUUCCACUACAGAAUACAUGCUGUAAAAUGUAAUUUGUAAUGUAUUUUGUUAGAUUACUCAAGGUCAGUAACAUAUUCUAAAUACUUUGGAUUACUUCUUCAGCACUGGUAGAUUUUUUAACUUGUUUUGACUAUAAAAACUCUGCCAGUACAGUAAGACAAAAUACACAUGUUAAAAAUACAUUCUCUGAAAAACCUAAAUAUCUUAUGCAGUGCUGUUUCUAAAACAAGAUAAAUCUAAUUGAUCUUGUUUUAAGGAUUUUUAGAUAUUUUUACAGAAAAACAAUACAAAAAUUAUUAUCAAAAAUAUGAUUUUUGCCCUAAUAUCAGAGGUCUUACUAGAAAAAAGAAAUUAUUAUCCAACUUGAAUUUUCUUGAUAAAAAAAUAUGAUCGUGCCUGGUAACAUGUGCAUGUAAAUUGGCUAGAAAUAGCAUUUUAGCUUAGCGUAAAGCUGACAAUUUACACAAGGUUUAUUUCUAUUUCUUCUGCUCCAAACUUACUUCAAUCUUACUUCUCUGUCUCCUCGUAUGAAUGUAACGCAUCAUAAGAAAGUGUUUCACCGCUGUUCAAAUGCACUUUGAAUCGCAUCAUUUAUAUGUAUAAAUGUUUUCCAUCUGAAAGGACUAAAUAUUAAAUGAAACAAAUGACAAUAAAAUGCAAAGUAAUCUCUUCAGUAAUCAAAAUACUUUUUGAAUGUAACUGUAUUCUAAUUACCAAUGAUUUAAAUUGUAACUGUAUUUACAAUUGUAAAUUGUGGAAUACAGUUACUUAUAUUUUGUAUUUUAAAUACGUAAUCCCGUUACAUUUAUUCUGUUACUCCCCAACCCUGUCUAUAACACAUUAAAAAACAACAUAUAUUAACUAGGGAUGUAAAUAUUUGCACUGACAAUGAUUCGAUUAGAUUAAGAUUCUUUACCUAAUGAUUACGAUGCAUUGUGAAAUCAGAAAUUUGGUCAAUUCAAUUAGAUCAGAUUUAAUUAUUUCAGAACGCGUGACUAUAUUCACAGCCUCGAGUGCCAUAUUGCUUUUAUAAAAUGGUCACCACAUUAUAAAAAUAUUAAAGGACACAAAUGUUCAUUAAAAUGUCAUAUUUUGGAAGUAAAAUCAAUAAAUGCAUCCAGAACUGGAACUAUCCAUUUUAUAAUCGUCGUUAAACUAUUUUAUGAAAUAAAUGCAUUAUAUGGAUAUAUAAAGCAAUAUAAACAUACUAUAUUGUAAUUAGUGAAGAAAGCAAUUACAGUUAACUUACUUUGGUCAAAUGGACCCAAACAGUUGACACAGAAAGCCGAAGUAGGCAGCAUCCAUCCUUGAUCCAUCCAUUCAUUUAUCCACUUAUCCAGGUCGCAGGAAGUGAACACGGCAGCAUGAACUUUUUUAAGUCAAAGUGUGCAUUGUGAAAAGUUUGUGUAAUCUGAGAUGGCAUCUGUAUCACAUGGGGUAUUAAUAUAGUAAUGAUAAUCGAUUCUUAAAUUCCAUAAUCGAUGCAUCAAAAUUUCUUUGUCAGAUUGAUGCAUUUUUACGUCCCUUGUAAAAUACUGGAAUUGGGUAGUUGGUUUGGAAAUGGAAUACCGGGAUGGUGUGUCCAUUAUAACACAAAGUUCAGUCCAAUGUGGUUUAUUUCUCGUAAGCCAGCAGCAUGUUAAGAUUCCAUAUUUGUUAACAGUAACGGAAGUUCUUCACUUGUAAUACAAAUUCUUUAUAUCAUUGCUACUUAAAAUUAUAAUUAAAUACUAAAUCAACUUCUUACAUAGUUAAACAAUCAGGCACAAGAGACUAGCAAAAUAAACUUACAAUGUCAUAUGUAAUUUUUCUACACCCCUGAUGUUGACCAAAUUGCUGUACAAUAAAUUAAUAAUAAAUACAAAAAAGAAAAUACAACAAAAAAGAGCUCUUGUUGGUUUGAUGAGGCAUGUUGUCUGUACAGCUGGAGUUGCACUGACUACCCCCAACUGCCACAAAUUCGCAAAAGAAUCUAGGUUGUACAUCAAGCUUGAAUUUCUUCGAUGCAAGGGACAUUUCUUAUUAUAGAGUUUUCAUAUACUGUAGGUCUGGGGCUUGAUUAAUUGUGUCAGUUUGUUAUUUGUUAUAUUUUAAAGGCACCCUUUCCCAAGAUUACAGCUCUGGGCAUUCUCUCAAAUGGGUGAAUCCUGGGAUGCUUCUUAAACAGUCAGAGCUCCUAUGUAUGCAGGCCACUUGUUGACUGCUUUGACCUCAAUGUCUGGUCCAACUCAUCAAAUUAAAGGAAUAUUCUGGGUUCAAAACAAAUUAAGCUCAAUGAACAGCAUUUUUGGCAUAAUAUUGAUUACCACAAAAAUAUAUUUCGACUCGUCCGUCCUUUUCUUAAAAAAAAAAAAAAAAAAAAAAAAAAAAAGGGGGGCAAAUAAUCAAGGCUACAGUGAGGCACUUACAAUAGGAGUCAAUGGAGCCCAUUUUUGGAGGGUUUAAAAGCAAAAAUGUGAAGCUUAGAAUUUUAUAAAAGCACUUCUGUUAAAACGUGUGUGUAUAAUUUGAGCUAAAAUGUUGUUUAAAUUGUUGUAUUUAUGGUCAUUUUAGGGUUUAUGAUGUUACGUUGUCACGGCAACAAAGGUUAGAAAAUAAUUUCGUAUCACACUAAAAUCAUUUUAAUAUGCAUAUUCUUUACAUCUUGUGACUAUACUUCUAAAACAGUGAGUAUUCUAAAAAUUUCCCUGAUAGCACACAUUUGAUGUGUGUUUACAUCUGGAAGAUGUAUUUUUCAGGUUGUUUGCUCAUCUGCAAGACAUCUAUUAGACAUUUCUUCUCAGAUGUCAAUAAGACAUUAAGUAGAUGUCUUUGAGAUGUUUAUCAUUUAGAAUGUUUGUAAAUCUGAUCUUUUUAAGAUGUUUAGCAGAUGUAAGAUGAUUUACAGAUGAAAAGAUCUAAAGCAGACAUCUCUGAGAUGUAUGUGUGCUAUCUGGGUUACGGAUUGGCCCCAUUCACUUCCAUUGUAAGUGCCUCACUGGAACUCAGAUUUUUGCUUUUUAUAAAGAAAAAAAGGGAUGAGUUGAAAAUUUAUUUUGUGGUAAUCAACAUUAUGCCAUAAAUGCUGUUGAUUAAGCUUAACUUAGCCUAUAUUGAACCCGAAAUAUUCCUUCACACACACACACACACACACACACACACACACACACACAGAAGUCUAUAAUAAAUUAAUAGCGUAAUUUUAAGAACAUUCUCAAGAAUCUUAUUUGUAUUCUACCUCUGAGUCAGGCAUUUUUUAUUAAGAAAUCAAACACAACUCUAGUGGGAACAAAAAAGGAAAACGGAAGAUGGCAAACUUAAAAACAAAUACACAAUCAACAACAGCAAAAGCUGUUUUUUCUGUUGUACCAUUGAAUAAGCAUAACUGAACACACCUGCAUCACUUUUACACAAUCUAUAUGAUUUGUUAAUGUAUGGUAUCUAUCAAAUUAUUAAUUUAAAACAGCAAAGGGUGAGUCAUUAGUUCACUGUCAUAUAUAUAUAACAUAAUAAUAUAUUUGUAAUAAAGCGCUAAACUUGAAAAAACUUUCCAAAAUCAUUAUUUUCCAUCACUGACGUGCACAGAAUGGGGGCAGCCGGGGCGGAAACCCUUUCGUUCACAAAUCUAAAGGUGCCCUUUUGGUCGCCCAGAAAAAGGGGAGACAUUUUUAUAAUUAAAUUAAAAUAGUUAAAUAAAACAACAUGAAAAUAUCGUCAUAAUCUCACAAUAACAGAAAUAAUGUGUUAUUAUGAGAUUUCUUUGUAAAUCGCAGGUGUAUUAAACAAAAUUAAGUGGAGGUGCCUUUAAGAGCAUGCGCUACAGCAGAUCGGGGGCAGAUUCUAAUCGCAAGUGAUCCUCCCUAUGCCCCAUACUCACUCCAAAGUGCAGAGCCCUUGAAGUGGGUACUCUGAAGGAAACAUUGCGUUACAGUCUUGUGGAAAAGAUUCAUUUUCUCACUUUUGUUUUGAACGAGCUUUCGAGUGGCAUCCCCUCCCGCAGCAGUGCUCUUCAAGAAAGCAAAAAAUGCAGUUUUGAAUUCUCUCCGGAACAUCGAAGUGCCGUUACCUCAGUUGAGUAACAGAUCAGAUAAAAAGUCCACUCCAUGUAUUGUGUUGUAAGUUCAUCAAAAGAAUAAUACUCGAUUGCUACUGCAUUUCCGACAUCGCGUACCAAUAGUGUAGACAGAUUUAUUCAUUAUAAUGGGAACGGUCACGCCACUUUCAGUAAUAUAAAUAAUAUUUGUCUUUUAUAGAAUAUUGACAUAAACUGAAGGAGCUGUCAGGUUCAGCCAAAGCCGUUUGGUUUUGUUGAAACUAAUAAGCUAUUAAACUAAUCACUUUCAGAAAAAUACCAUUAUGCUACCACAGUACUGCAUCUCCCUAUAUGCAUAUUACGCGCCUUCGUGUCAACGCGCCUUUGCACCGUGCACCACGUUACCAGGGUAAUGCCGUGGUACUGAAUGACUGAUCAUGUUCAUAUUUCUUGAUACUGUCAUGGUACUCCAAGGUACUUUAAAAAAUACCAUGGUUUUUAUAAUGACACAUACCAGACCAUGUCUGAAAAUAAAAAAAUAUCAAGUGUAUUACCAUGGUGCUUUUAGUGAGAAAUAUUACAGAUCAGGCUUUUAUUUGUGAUAAAGGAAUAAUGAAAAAAAUUAUUUAUAGUAUAUAUAUAUAUAUAUAUAUAUAUAUAUAUAUAUAUAUAUAUAUAUAUAUAUAUAAAACUAUCGACUCAUCUGUCACAUCCGGGCUGCAUCCGAAAACGUAGGCAGCUGACUUGCUGGCUAAUCAGUUAAUGGCUUUACUGACAGCUGUUUUGAAUGAAUGGAACUCCGAACAGUUUGAAAAGCACCUUAUUUUCAUCCUGCCUCAGUAUACAGCAUCCGAAGGCAGCAUUUCACCAGUUUCGGUAAAAAAUGUAUUGCCCUCUUGUGGUCUGAGGUUUGUAACCGCCAGAGCAACGCAAGAGCGCAUGUAAUGUAUGUACUACGGGACCUUGUGUUGGCCAUGCGUUGGCAAAGCGCAAAGCGUUUGCAUACAUGCGUGAAGUAGGUUUUGGCCUUUACCCGUGAAUUUUGAAGCCGCCAUGUUUUUAAAAAAAUAUAUAUAUGUUGCUACUGUUACUAGAUAAGUACUCCAGAGAUUUUCUGUUUCGUCAGGCACGUACACUCACAUGCUUAUGGUAGUUGUUGUCUUGUUAGCAACAUAUAAAAUAAUAAAAAAAAACAGUGAUUUCAAAAUUCAUGUUUGAGGUAUGACUGUGUAUAAUUUAUGUUGUAGAACAAAACGUCCAAGUAUCUUCAAGUAACAUUCACCACAGACCUUAUUUUAUUCAUGAAUCCAAAACUGCCAUUAUAAAAACCACUUCCCAACCCGAGAGAACCCAUGGCUCAAAAAUGCUAAUUCUAAUUUUUUGGACUACUCCCUGCAGCUCUAUUCUGCUCUAUUUCCCUCUUGUAAACCAGACUUUGUCUGUUCAUUCAUGUGCUUGGAAUUCGUAACUACGAUAUUUCCAACUCCCUUGAAGGGAGUAUAACUGUCUCCUGGGAAGCACCCAGAGCAGGAAGAAAAAUUCUGUUUCACUUUUUCUCCUCCAGAUAAAAAAAAAAAACUUUCAGAGUAGGCAGAGGAUCUCAUCCUGGUAUUUUUGGGGUUUUCCCCGGGGUAUUCCUAUGUUACCAGGGUCCUAUGUUCCCCAGAUUUAUAUGGCACAUAAUGAACACAUGACUAUGUUCCCAGUUCCCAUGGUACUAUGUUUCCCAUCUCUAUAUAUCACAUGAUGGGGACCUGAAAAACUUGUUCCCCAGCUCUGUAUUUACUUAAUAUGUCAUGGGUAAUUGUGGGAACUCAUCAAAGAGGGUUUCUGUUCCUCAGCACUGCCAUAUGGCUCUCAGUAUAAUAGGCCUAGACUAAACAAAUGGCUGGAUUCAUGGAAUCACAAAAGACCAUAGCUUCCUUAGAUGAAAAGUAGCCUAGUAUACAUGUUUUUUAAUCUAAUUCUCAUGACAUUAUGACUUACUGUAUCUAUCUAAUUUAAUCCAUUUUGUUUUUGCCUCCAAAUAUGCUAGUUUAUUUUUUUCUGCAUCUAUAGUUAAUUUUGAACACCUUUUUUUAUUUUUAGCUGUGACUGACAUCUCACUGUGAAAUGUCCAAAUACCAA